AAACAGCAAAAGGGCGGAACUACGCUUUCGAUAGACAAGACAUAAAAGAAAAAAAGCCAAGGCACGCGCUUUACAUACCAUCAUGACAAAUAUGUUUUAUAGUAAAGCAUUUCUUUCGAACAAUAAUGAUGAUGCUGAAGAAGAAUGGUUUUUAUCACAGCUGGAUAAAAUGUCUACUACUGAAACACCACUAUCACCGCCACUGGGCAAGAAAGAACGUGCGCAAACAACCAGACCGUAUGGUACGAAUGGAAGAACUCUCUCCUUCUCAGGUGCAUUUAGUUGCGCCAACAACAAGGGCUGGCAUUCAUUAUGGUCUAAUCCGACUUGGCAGACUAGUAAUGAUGCUUCUUCUGAUAACAGCAGUCAAAGAACCCGUUCUGUAUCUGCCUUACAACUUCCUUCUAUCUCAAACCUAUCGUUAUAUAAUAAUAUUUCCUCAGCAACCACGGCAGCAGUAGACGAUUAUUUUGGCAACCACGAUUCUACAAAUACAGCUACUAUCUCUUCGGCUUGUACUUUAACUCACGAUUUCAAUAAAUCAGCUUUUCCUUCCCCGCUCUCAACCGGUACAACGGUUCAUGCAGCGUGCACACCUGCUGCUGCAAUAGGUACAGCACCGAUGACUGAUAACCGCCAAAACAAUGAGAACAAUAAUAUAAUAACAGCAAAUUACCUUUAUAAUUUGAAGUUGAAUGGAAAUAAUGAUCGUCUUUGUUGGUCGGUUGAUUCUAUACCGUCACACCCUUUAAAAAGCACACUCAACAGAAGAACGCAGGCAUUCGAUUGCUGUCACCCCUCCCUUUAGUACUUUACCUUGCUUUGACGGUGUACCCCCUUAUUAUCGCUUGCAGACACCGGGUGUUGACAGUAGAAGCUGGGAUCCUAUGCAUCCUAAUCGUCCACCCACGCCUCCAUCGUAUUCUUUCGCAACUGAUUCCUCGUACGUCAAUAAAGAACAUACCCAGCAAAUUCAACAGCAACAAAUAGAUGAAUAUUUCAGUCGAAAUACAAAGACGCCAUCGAUACCUACUGUCCAAGAUUUUGGAAAAGGCAUACCCAAUGAUCAAUUAAAACCAGAUCAAAGUGUUUACAAGGUUCAGUUUAGAUGUAACAGAAGAUUCAAUUACUACUACCUAUCGGCAGAUACCAACAUAGACGUGAAAAUCAACGAUUCAGUCAUUGUACAGGGUGACCGAGGAUAUGAUUUGGGAGAAG